AUGAUAGUUUUUGAUUAUGGGAUUCAAACAGGAGAUGAUGAAGAUAUUCCUGAUUAUGCAUUACGCGAUCUAUUUGACGAAGGAAUACAACCAGAACAAAAUAAACAAUUAGUGCCAAAACCACUCACCUAUGAAGAAUCAUUAGCGGAUGGUUUUAGAGGGUAUAAAACUAAGAAACAAAUGUAUGUUGAUCCUCAAUAUUUACCUCCAGAACAACAAGAUUUGCCUCCAGAAUAUGAUUAUGAUGAAGUUCCCGACUAUGCUUUGGAUGAAGAAGAUAGAAUUAAUACGAUAUUGAAAGAACUGGAAAUCACAGAUUAUGAUUAUGUUGAAAAAAUAGUAAAUGAACCUGAAAUGACAACCCAAAAGAUAAGUACUUUUCUUAAUAAUAAGGUACUAAGCUUGCAAAGUUCCGGAGAAAUCAGUUAA